AUGGAGCUCAGCCCUGUGAACUGCAUCACGGCGAUCCAUCGCAUCGCAAGUCUCUCCGGGGCCGCUGUGCUGCUUGGAUCCGGGCGUUCCUUGCUGGUGCAAGCUGCAAAAGCGGCUGUGGAGGCCGAUGCGCGGGGCAUUGCCAACUUUGUGUGGGCGACCGCCAGCACGCGCCCGGCGGACUUUCCAGCGCAAGGCCUUCUGGACGCAAUCGGCUGCAGGAUUGGUGAGCUUGGGCGGCAGGGUACUGUUAACACCUUGCAGCCAGCAUCUCGAAGAUUGAGCUCUCUCGCCUCUGUGAGGAGUCGUCGACAAGCAGGUUGUCCACGGCAGCAGUUGCAGGCGCAAGAGGCCUCGACUCUCAGAACCUGUCCAACGGCAUGUGGAGAUUGGCUAAAGCCUUGCGAUUCGACGUCCCCACGAUUUCUGUCCUGGCCGAAGAGGCACUUGAAAGAGUUACUGGGUUCGGCCCCCAAGACUUCGCCAACAUGGGACAGGCGCCGGGGGUGCCAGCGGUGCUUCGCUCUGCGUCGAUGGCCGCGAUCGUUGCUGAAGCCGAGCUUUCACGGCUUUCGCCACAGCACUUGGCCAACGGAGCAUGGGCCGCGAGGACUUUUGGUUUUCUGCAGCUCAAACAUCCCUCCGGUGGCUCUGGACUUGGUUUCAGAGUUCGGGCCACAGGAUCCGACGAUCACGGCACAGGCUUUGAUGCGCCCGCUGCGUUGGCACGCAGACGCGAGCUUCUGCUACAAGCGACAUGCCGUGAAGGGUGGCGGCAGCUUCCGAUGCCCAACUCCCAGGGACCAGCGAACAUCUCCUGGAGACACACCACGCCGCAACCCAUGGGUGCUUCCUUGUUCAGUGCUGCUGGCGAGUCGACGGCAGCCAGUGUUCAGGGGCUCCUUCCACAAGAGCUUGCAAACAGCAUCCGAGACUUCACCUCUUUGGAGAGCAUGGGCUGCACCGCCACGCUUGCCUGCUGCCAUAGACGACGGGGUGGUGGUACUGCUUAGAUUACGGUGCCAACGGUUCAACAGUGGACUGUGCGUUGUGCACAGCACCCCGAGCAACUGCGCGUGA